UACUGCGUAUUUUACUGUGCACUUGCAGUUAGAUAAUCGGGUUAAAACUCGACACAUCAAUUCACUCAGGUAACUUGCAUAGGAAAGAUCAGGAUCAGAAGGAUAGAGAUCUGUCUCUAUUUGCUCUGACACCACUUCCUGUGUCUGCCAUCUCCAAUGUUAGCAUUCUGCAUCUCAUUUGGACAACCACUCCUAUAUAUUCUUCCUCGUCGAUAAUUGAUUCAGCUAAAGUUUCACCAAUCUGCUUCACAACGCCUUGAAAGCCUACCUCUCUGCUUGUCAGAUCAGUAGUUGAUUCUGGUCCGUUGCUUUCUUGAGACAUCUCGACGAGAUACUUGGCUGAAUCUAUACUCUCGGAUAGUGAUUCAACAACCUCCGUUGGACAUAUGACGGCGCUCUCUCCUGUCUGUAUCUCCAUUAACACCACUGAAACUCGGUAGCAGUAGCAUGCACAUUCAAGGAAACUCCCUGUUUCUGAUUGUAUGAACUCCAAAGACCUGAUCACCUCGGAAAUGGACUCCAACAACGAUCCAAUCAGCGUAUUAUUUCUACCUAUAUCUUCUUGGGUCUGAGAUACAAACAAGCGAAAGUUUGGGAGAUGUGACUGGUUUGAGAAAUUGAGAUGAUUCAAGAUUUUUUAUGAAGGUGCAAAAGGAAACAAGACAAGAUUGAAAAAUAAGUUCUUACCGACAUCCCCCAUUUGUUCAAAGCUGGCUUUGUCUCACUCUGCUAGUCUGCUUACCAAGUCUCGUUAACUUCUACUUGAUCUAGCAAAAGAUUUCAAAGACACACUUGGUCCUCUGUUUUCAUCAGAGAAGUUGGAACCCACUAAAGGUAAAUCUGUUGUGUUGAUGAUGAUGGAAGAGACGACUUUUUAGCAGUUAGUGGGGACAAUAUGACUCUGUGAAGAAGUUGAAGUAGUCAAAUGAGAGAGUCCUUCGUCCAUAUAAAGCACCAAACAUAAUCGUUCCAAAAAAUAUGUAUCAGAUUUGGCUGACUUUUGUUUUUGGCUCUUCUUGCACUUAACUUCUUCAGAUUGGUCGGACCAACACGCCCGGGUAAGUGAAGAUGAUGAGAAAAGAGAUUUGAUCUCAACCUCUUGUUGUUCCAAUUCGCACUGUAGGAUUUCUUUUUUGACAUAUUCGUAAUAAGUGUACUUUGUUUAAAUAAAAGAAGAAAUUGGUAGGUACUUUUCAUUGUCAUUAUUUCUUAUAAGAGGUUUGUUUGUUUAAUGAUAGAAGAAGUCUUUUGGAAUUGGUAAGAUGUGCAAAUAUAUUUUUCAAUUUUGUUCGAGUCGUGCAGAAUUAUAUAUGCUGUAGUCGUUGGUUCUUGCUUGACACUUGGGGAUAAGAUAUUCACAUCUUUGACGUUAAAAAAAUAUAUAGUGCUUCUUCUCCCCUCCAGAUGCAGAAAAGAUGUCACAAUCAAACCUUCUAAAUAAACUGAAGUCUUUCUAACAUUAAUGGAUAGAUGCAUCAACUUUCUUAUCUCAAAUCUUUGUUUCAGUACCAACUUGGAGAAGCUAAGAAAAAUCUUUGUUUCAGUACCAACUUGGAGAAGCUAAGAAAAAAGUCUCGAGCAUGUAAUUCUCAUAUCAUCUUAUUAUUAACUCUAAGGUGCAAGACAAUGAGACAAAUGUAACAAGGCCAGACCUGACACAGUUUACUCAUAAUAAAAAAAAUGUUCUCAAAAGAUAUGAGCAUUAAGCAUUUUGGUCGUUCGCUGACUUAGCUCAUCUAAUGAACCAAUAGCAUAAACAUAAAACAUUUUGGUGGUUUGCUAAACAUUUUCCAUACAAAUGUUGAUCCAAACUAACUACACAGGUAUUCCAUUCCCUUUCAAUAACACACAGUACAGUAAGUUUCUCACUCAGAGUCUUCUCCAUCCUCUUCAGACUAUGAAGUAUACUAUUUUGACAUAUCCACCGAUAAUGUCGCAGUAAAGGAUUCUUCUACUUUCAGAGCCAUUCACCGAAUUUCCAAGCUCACUGAUGUUCUCCUUUCUCCUUUCUAGCAUACAUAUAAGAAAGAACCUCCAAGCUAGACUCGUCAGACAGAGAUUCGAUCUUAUUCUCAGCAUCAGACAGAGAUUACAACUGGUUGCAAGUUGCAACACGCUUCAUGAGUCGUAUUACUCGCUACUAAAUCUGUUUUCAUGUAAUAACGCUUUCUCACCCAGCUGCAAAGUGCCUCAAAGUGUAAAGUGAAGUCAAAUAAGUGUGUGGGUUUUUGUGUCAAUUUACAAGUAGUGGGGCUCUAUUUUGAAAUAACAUAGAAAUAUAGGUGGGUUUUCUGAGUUUUCUUCCGAGACUUUUUCCGAAUAUAGGAUCUUUACAUUUUCAUGCAUUUCCAAUAAAUUUGAGCAGUAAAGACAGAGCAGAGUUUGGUGAGUAGGGUUUUAAAUAUAUCCUUUGAUUCUUAUCUUCUCUCCAAAAAAAAAGCGACUUAGGGUUCUUGAACAAUGUCUCAGCUUUUCCGUCCAGUCUCCAAGAAUCUAUCUUCACUCCCAAGCCGGAGCCUCUGUUCCCGGCGGUCCAAUUUCUCCACGGUGACAGCACUUUACCUCCUCCUCGGCAGCGACGUCGUCGGAGACUCUCCCUGCGGCGGUAAACUCGUCAACUUUAACCUCUACGAUCCGUCGAUCCCAAGACUCAAGAUCAAGUAAAAAUCGUAAACCAGACUCUACCAAAGGAGCUCCACGAAUCUAAGUGGAUAGGCUCAUCAAGAUGAUGGUUAGAUUCCAUGAACAAGAAUGAUUCCACUGUCCAUCUCUCCAAAAUCUUCAACCCCUCGAAGAAGAAGACAAUAUCUUUACCUCCACUAACCAGAGACAAGUUCGAACAUCUUGUCAAUGUCUCUGUCGUCUCCUCACCUAACGAUGAAGAAGAAUGUGUCGUCGCCGUCAAGUUUUACGGCUCUCGAGUCAGCCUUUGUCGACUCGGAGUGGACUCCCGUCGACGUGCCUUGUCCGUCUUUCCACUCUUCUACUAUCGUUUACUCGGAGAGAGACAAGAGAUUCUACGUGAACAACUGCAACCCUGACUACACCGGUCCGACAGAUUUCACACCAACAUCGAAUCCCGGUUUACUCACUCCGGUGGCAGCGUUUGAUUGGAGUGAAGAAAUCAGGGCAUCAACUGAACCCAUUCAUCUCACAACUCUCUCCUCUCUCCUGCAUGUCUAUCUGAACGGCGAUACCAAAGGCGAUCGAUACUCUCCGAUCUCUCGUCGCGCUCGUCUCACCACUCUUUCGUCGCUCUCGUCUCACCACUCUUUCGGACCGAUCUAUUCUCUGACCCAAACUUCUCCGCCGAUCUCAAUCAAAAAGAUUAAGGAACCUAUGGGACUGGAUUACAGCUAUACGCAGCUGUCUAUGUCGGAGGACUAUUAUGGUGACUACUCAGCCGACAGUGGGCACAACCAAACAGAGGCUAAUAUACAGCUGGACCAAGCUGAGAUUGAUGCGGCGCGACGUCACUACCCACCGCAGCCUGAAGUUGAGUUUGGCUUCCUGAAGGAAUGUUACUGCGGUGGCGAACCUCUUAUAGCCACAUCCCACACAAGAAAUGAUCCAGGGCGGAGGUACUACACCUGUGCAAACGUCGAGGACGGAGACUGCCAUGUCUGGAAGUGGUGGGAUGUGGCAGCUACGGAGGAGAUCAGAGCCAUAUCGACACAGUGUAGCCAGCUCUGUGAUAAGGUAGAUUAUCUAGCGUUUCUGAGUGAUUACGAGAUGCAUCUUAACCAGGUAAAGCUACUGCAUCACGAGACAGAGCAGAGGUUGGUUAGGCUAGAGAGAAUUGGAAAAGGCUUUGAACUCGUUGUAGGUGUUCUCAUUGUUAUGUUAGUGAUAAUAUGCGUGGUCCUAAUGUUUAAGUAACCGCAGCACUUGAUUGGAGGCUUUGUUGUGAACCAUGUAUCCUAUGUGUCUAAGUAGAAUCUGAACGUGUAUGUGACCUCUUAUGUUGGAGGCUUUGUUGUGAAACUCUUAUGUUUAACGGCUUUUUUGUGAACUCUUUAGUAUGACAUGUUGUAAACUCUUAUGUUUAACGGCUUAUGUUUAACGGCUUUUUUUAUAA